AUGGCAAGACUAUUUUUAGCCAUCCUAAUAAUUUCCAUGGCGGCUACAACCCCACCAGCCCAAGCCCAAGCCCCAACCAACUGGGCCAAAAGGCUGAACCCCGGCGGCGGGCCCGAAUCCAUCACCAACCUCCAGUUCUACUUCCACGACAUCCCGAGCGGGCAGAACCCGAGCGCGGUCCAGAUCGUCAAGCCGGCGACAGCCGGCACGUCCAACAACAGCUUCUUCGGCAUGGUCAUGAUGACCGACGACGCGCUGACCGUGGCCGCCGACGCGGGCUCCAAGCUCGUGGGCCGGGCCCAGGGGAUGUACACCUUCGCCAGCCAGAGUGACCUCACAGUGCUGAUGGCCAUGAGCUUCGGGUUCACGGAUGGGCCUUACAACGGCAGCUCCCUCGUCAUCGUGGGCCGGAACCCGAUCCUGGAGACGGACCGGGAGCUGCCCGUUCUGGGCGGCACGGGCCGGUUCAGGAUGGCACGUGGCUACGCGCUUGUGAAAACGGUGUCGGCUGAUGCCAAGGGAAAUGUUGUUGUGUACUACAAUGUUACGGUUCAUGCUCCGGCUUUCGGUGACGCGGUUCAUGCCCCGGUCGGUGAGCAAGCGAUGCCGGCCGGCUCUCCAACUGCGGCCGCUAACGCGUUGAAUUCUUCUUCUUCUUCUCCGGUGAUAAUACGGGGGAACCGGCGGUGGAUGGUUAGCGUUGUUGUUGCUUUUGCGGCAUUCAAACUAUGUUUUGCUGUGUAA